UAUAACGCGCAGGUGAGUAUGACUUGUGGUUGUAACCGCUCGCCGCGGCCCAUGUUACAGGGGGAGAGGCCGCUAUGUUACAGUAACAUUAGACUGUAACUGAUGCUCCCAGCGGCCGGGGAGGAUGGAGGCGGCGACGGAGGCACCGGAGGAGGCCAACCACCAGGGGCUGGAGUACCAGUGGAGCGUGGUGAGGCCCAGGAAGAAGAAGUACAAGUCUAGCCGGCCCUCCACCUCCCACAUGGUCCACGACGCCAUCAACAAGAUCGGCUCAGAGGAGAAGGGCGCCUCCGUCCAGAAGAUCAAGAAGUACAUCUACGCCAACUACAAGGUGGACAUUAAGAAGAUCGACGUGUACAUCAACCGCUACAUCAAGAAGGCCAUCAAGGACGGGGAACUGAUCAACAGCACGAGGCUGAGGAGCGGCGCCAUUGGCUUCUUUAAAAUUGCGGCCAAGCCCAAGCCGGCCGAGCACAGGAGGUCAGGCGGGGCCGAGCACAGGAGGGUCAGGACCCCGGCCGAGGAGGGGAGAGGCGCCCCCGGCAGGCUCAGUGCCCUCCAGGACCCCAAGCAGGAGAAGGGUCCCCCGCCCUCCUCCUCCGUCACCGCCGUCAUGGACCUCAUAGAUGAGGUCUCUCUCCAGCCCCUCACAACCUCUCAGUUUGUCACACCUUACAGGAUGACCUACAGGCAGAAUGAUGUGGAGAAGAUAUGGGACCUAGUUAGCUUACAUGAAAGUGUGUCCAUCAUUAUAUUCAAUUCAGACAGGAAGAAAAUAGUCCUUGUGCGACAGUUCAGACCAGCCGUGUACUACAGUGGCAUAGCACCGGAGGAUCGUGGCAGGAGCACUGUGGAUACAGUCAAGUAUCCAGGGAUAAGGGGCCUCACUCUGGAAUUCUGUGCCGGUAUUGUGGAUAAAAGCAAAAAUCUUGUGGAGAUUGCCAGAGAAGAGGUGCUAGAGGAAUGUGGUUAUGAUGUUCCCGUGGAGAAGUUUGAGCAAGUAAUAACAUACAGGUCGGGUGUGGGAGUGUCUGGUGAUCGACAGACAAUGUUUUAUGUAGACGUGACCGACGCCAUGAAAGUAUCAGACGGAGGUGGCAUAGCUGAUGAAGGAGAGAUGAUAGAAGUAGUGGAGAUGUCUAUUACUGAACUUCGUGUAUUCUUGAAUCAGCCCGAGGUGAAUUGCCCUGGAGGGCUCCUCUUUGGUUUAAUGUGGUUUUUACAACACAAGGCUCCUAAAGACUAGCAAACGUGUUGACGUGAUCCGCGCGACUUUCGGCACCUCUGAUAAAUGUAUAAAUGUGAAGUGUUUGUAUACAUUACAUAUUGUAAAACCUUUUGUUAUUAUAUUUUAAUAUAUUCUAUUUUGUAAUAAAAAAAUUAUAAUUUUAUGUAGUAUUAUAUACUUUUAAGUAGAUAAGUUCUUUGAAAGUCCCGUGGGUCUGAGGUUUUGAUAGUUGAAAUUUAUUUACAUUACAAAACAAUGUAAGUGUGCAAAUGUUUGGUUGGAUA